GGCGUGGGUCCGCGGGCCAACCCCGACGACGGCGGUGUCGCGACCGGCGAUGCGCUCGGCGGCGAGUUUUACUACAGCGCGUGCGCGAGCCUGGGGUUCCCGUUCCCGUUGCCGCUCUUGGCGAUCUUGGGUGUGCGCGGCCAUGCUUUUGCAACGCUGGCAGCCUCAUGAGCUGGGACCGCGUCCUCGACGAGCGCGCGUGGAUGAAGAACCUUCUGAGCGAGACGCGCGCGGCGGCCGGCGUCGGCGUCGUCAUGGGCACACGCUUUGGCCGCUUCGAAGCCAACUACUCGUGGGUGCUCAAGUCCCUCGCUGGUGACCGCGUCAAGCGUGCGCAGCUCGGCCUGGGUCUGCACUUUAUCUAG